AUGAAUUUUGAGAAUAUUGUGAAAUAUAUAGAGAAAUCUGAGUCUUGUUUAAAUUAUGAAAUAAUAACUGCACCUUUUGUGCCGAAUACAUUUUCAUUGUGGAGAGAAGUAGUCUAUGAAAAUUUAGAUCCUGAUUAAUGGUUUGAGUUUGUGAAACAGAUAGAUAAAUAAAUAUUUUAAAGAUAUUUGGAAAAGGUCAGAGAAGCAUAUGCAAAGAAACUUACAUAUUAAGAUUUGAAGUUGAAUGUUAGAUAUGAUAUAGAUGUUAAAAAAUUAGAGAGCAUAUUUGAAAAUGAUUUAAGUAAUAUUAUAUUAAAUAAAAUUAGAGAAACAAGUAGAUACUAUAACAGUUCAUCUAUCUUAUUAUCAAGCUUAAGUUGAAUAUGCUUAUGAUUUGUUAAGGAGAAUACAUACAUAUAAGUUUGUUGAUUACAAUGUUUAAUAAUUUUAGACAUCGUAAAAGGAUUAAACUUUGUAUUAAAAAUAUUUGGAUAAAAUUGUAAUGGUUAUAUAAAUUCAACUUAUAGAUGAAAGGAUUCAUUUCAAAUGUUUAAGAGAUUGCGACUGAGAAGAUAAAGGAGUUUUGUGCAACUGGAUUAAUAAAAAAUAAUUCAUUUUUAGAAUCAGGGAAAUCCUUUUUUAAAUAAUUUUUAUUUAAUGGAGGAGUUGCAGUAGCUAAAUUAAGUAAUCUAAAUUUGGGUUUAUUUGUAUAUUAUUUAAUAUAUGAUUAAGAUUGGUGGAAUAAUAGCAGAAUAAAUUGUCAGUAAAGUUGCUUUGAGUAUGAUGACAUAAAGGAUUAGUUCUAAAUUAGAUUUCUUAUAAUUGGAACUUGAUUAAAUGACAAAUGAAUUAACAUAUAUAAAUUCAGAUUUGGAUCAUUUAAUUUAUAGAGCAGCUGAAGAAUAUCCUAGAAAUUUUGAAUAAAACAAAACAUGUAAAUUUAUUUCAAUUCAUUUAAGUUAUAUAAGCAUUUGUUUAAAAGAAUUACAAAGUAAAUCUAGGAUCAGAUAUUAUCUAUUGUCCAGAUACAAAUACUAUUAUAUAAAAGAGUGUUGAAGAAGAUUGUGUAUUGUUGAAUGAAGUUGAAUACAAUCUAUCUCUCUAAGAAGAAAUCGAUGAGGAUUUUUGUAUCAUAAAUUUAGCAUCUAAUAUCUAAGAUAGUAUUAAUAAAUAAUUUUGA